UGACGUGAUGGCGACUGGUUCGACAGAAAUAUCUAAAACAUACAACAAUCUCAGCAUACAAGGUUCAUUCCCUAGUUAUUAUUAUUCCUGUGAACAUACUACUGGACGAAGCUGUUAUGCAUCUGCCUAUCGAACGAACUUCUGGCAACGACCAAAGCCGGUCUUCCGGCUACCGGGUCGUCAACGAACAAAUAACUACAUUCGGAAUCAUUAUGAUCAUCAAUCGUUUCAGCAUUGUACUAUAUACAACCAAACUAUGUAUGCUCCCGGUUACUAUUGCAAUACUUUUUAUCAACCCGUUAAUGGGGUGCUGGACUACUGCAGUGUGAACGAAGUGUCUUCAUCCUCGACAUUUAGUGUAAAUCCAUGCGGACGUAGUCCUUUUCAAUCGAAUAACAUAGCUACGGUAUCACCGCCAUUUAGCCCCCCUCAGCAGCAGCAGCAGCCUUCAGCGGUUGUGAUACCCCCCGAGAACAGGCCGUAUAAGGCAACAUAUUCGCAUCAUCACGAUGGUGUUAAUCAGGUGGAGGGACCUAUUCAUAAGAUGGACGCUAUGUGGGGCGGAGUUGACACUAGUGGCAGCGUCCUUCGCGACGACCUACCAGAGGAAGUUCGUAGAUAUAAACUAACUCGGGAGGAGUUACAGAUAUGUGUUGGAGCAGGGCAUUGGGGAUAUCCUGGCUACUUAGGAGGGGGGACUUUUGGCUAUGUUUGUUCUGGUGUCGUACGCGGUAGUCGAUGUGCUGUGAAGGUUAGCAGAGGAGUUGGUCGUACCUCAGCUGAUGACUACGACCCGCAGUUUGUGCGAGAAGUGUCGAUGCUAUCAAAGCUUCAGUCGAACCCCAACAUAGUCACCUUGUUGGGUUUCGUCGCAUCGGAGAGUGCGACCAAUAGUCCAUGUCUGCUCGCGAUGGAGGAAAUGGCUACAUCUUUGCAAAGUGUCAUAGAAGGGAUAAGCCCGCUUCCGAUACCAUCAACACUGACCCGUGUUGGCAUAAUUCGAGACGUAUCAUCAGCAUUAGAGUUUAUGCAUAGUGAAGGCUACGUACAUAGGGAUGUUAAACCUGCUAAUGUUCUUCUAUCACAUUCUUAUAUUGCUAAACUGUGCGACUUUGGCGGUUGCUUCACCGUUGAAGAACUGCAAAGUGGAAGUGCCACUGCAGCUUGUGCUACUGCUGAAUACGCAUGCCCAACGCAUCCAUCAUGUCUGCAGUGUAGCUGUGAUAUAUUCUCACUGGGGUUAGUGAUAGUACAAGUUGUUCAUCUCAUUGAUAUCUAUACGGCGACUUCAAGGCGUGGUUUGGCGUUGCCGUCGAAUCUUCAUCUGGAGGAUAUGAUCAAGAUUGCAGAUCUUUGUAUUAAUCCUGUUGAUGCAUGCAGGCCGACUUCUCACGCACUGAAAGAUCAUUUCACUAAGGCGUUUUCGGAACUAACCAACACGUAUUCUUCCCCACCUAAAACGUCCAAGUUUGGCAAGCUUGUUACCCGUCGGGGCGGCGGUGCAGUUGGAGUGGCGACUCAGAACACGGAGAGAAGGCGCAAGUGUAAACAGAAUACGAUGCCUCCUAAUAUUAGAAGAGUUCUUGUCCCCAAGUCGGCAGUUCCACUUCGAUGCUCGCCGAUGCUGCUUGUUAGCAGUUAAUCACUAUCCUGUAUCUUUUCUUUUCCGUAUUGAAUCGACACUGUUGUUUUACUGGUUCUGCAAUUGUGCGCCAGUGCUCAGUAUCGGCCUGUGAUGAAGACAAUUUACUACUGAUAACAAUUACCCCGUGCCUGUGCUGUAUCAAUAAAUAUUAUGGCAUGAUUGAAAAUCUGUAUUAUCUCUCAUAUCGAUAGCAUAAUUCUGGGAUCAAUGCGAUAGCGCCAUUCUCCCAGUUGUUGUUAUCAUUUUGUUUUCUCACGCUUAGUUGAUGACCCGCUUGCUUUUUCUACUUUUGUGUAUCUCCCUUAUCUGGUUUACAUUCACUGCAGUAUUACGAU